UCUCUCGCUCGCACUCUUACUGGAGGCACACUAAUACCAAUUCGCUGAGAAGAAAAAGCCAACAACUACCUUAAGCGAUUCAGACAAUAUGCGCAACCCCCUCCUUUCAUAGCGAUAACUAUUUAAGUCUGGCAGCAGCCGACACUAGUCUUUGCAAGAAUGGAGUCGGUAAAACAAAGGAUUUUGACCCCAGGAAAAGAGGGUUUAAAGAAUUUUGCUGGGAAAUCCCUCGGCCAGAUCUACAGGGUGCUGGAGAAGAAGCAAGACACCGGCGAAACCAUCGAGCUGACGGAGGAUGGGAAGCCCCUGGACGUGCCGGAGAAGAAGGCGCCGCUGUGCGACUGCACGUGCUUCGGCCUGCCGCGCCGCUACAUCAUCGCCAUCAUGAGCGGCCUGGGCUUCUGCAUUUCCUUCGGCAUCCGCUGCAAUCUGGGCGUGGCCAUCGUGGACAUGGUCAACAACAGCACCAUCCAUCGCGGGGGCAAGGUCAUCAAGGAGAAAGCCAAAUUCAACUGGGACCCAGAAACCGUGGGGAUGAUCCAUGGUUCCUUCUUUUGGGGCUACAUCAUCACCCAGAUUCCAGGCGGCUACAUUGCUUCUCGGCUGGCGGCCAACAGGGUCUUUGGAGCUGCCAUACUUCUUACCUCUACCCUGAAUAUGCUAAUCCCAUCAGCAGCCAGAGUGCAUUAUGGGUGUGUCAUCUUUGUUAGAAUCUUGCAGGGACUUGUUGAGGGUGUCACCUACCCGGCAUGUCAUGGAAUAUGGAGCAAAUGGGCCCCUCCUCUAGAGAGAAGUAGAUUGGCAACCACCUCCUUUUGUGGUUCCUACGCCGGAGCUGUGAUUGCCAUGCCUUUGGCUGGCAUUCUUGUACAGUAUACUGGCUGGUCUUCAGUAUUUUAUGUCUAUGGAAGCUUUGGAAUGGUCUGGUACAUGUUUUGGCUUUUGGUGUCUUACGAGAGUCCUGCAAAGCAUCCUACUAUUACAGAUGAGGAACGUAGGUACAUAGAAGAAAGCAUUGGAGAGAGUGCAAAUCUUUUAGGUGCAAUGGAAAAAUUCAAGACUCCAUGGAGGAAGUUUUUUACAUCUAUGCCUGUCUAUGCAAUAAUUGUGGCAAACUUCUGCAGAAGCUGGACUUUUUAUUUACUGCUUAUUAGUCAGCCAGCAUAUUUUGAGGAGGUCUUUGGAUUUGAAAUCAGCAAGGUUGGCAUGCUGUCUGCUGUACCACACUUAGUAAUGACAAUUAUUGUGCCUAUUGGAGGACAAAUUGCAGAUUUUCUAAGAAGCAAGCAAAUUCUUUCAACUACUACCGUGAGAAAGAUCAUGAAUUGUGGUGGUUUUGGCAUGGAAGCAACACUGCUUCUGGUCGUUGGCUAUUCUCAUACUAGAGGAGUAGCUAUCUCAUUCUUGGUACUUGCAGUGGGAUUCAGUGGAUUUGCUAUAUCUGGUUUCAAUGUUAACCACUUAGAUAUUGCUCCAAGAUAUGCCAGUAUCUUAAUGGGCAUUUCAAAUGGUGUUGGCACAUUGUCAGGAAUGGUUUGCCCCAUCAUCGUUGGUGCAAUGACAAAGAAUAAGUCACGUGAAGAGUGGCAGUAUGUCUUCCUGAUCGCAGCUCUAGUCCACUAUGGCGGAGUUAUAUUUUAUGCAGUAUUUGCCUCAGGAGAGAAGCAACCCUGGGCAGACCCUGAGGAAACAAGUGAAGAAAAGUGUGGAUUUAUCCAUGAAGAUGAACUCGAUGAAGAAACAGGGGACAUUACUCAAAAUUAUAUAAAUUAUGGUACCACUAAGUCCUAUGGUGCCACAACACAGGCCAAUGGAGGUUGGCCCAAUGGAUGGGAAAAGAAAGAGGAAUUUGUACAAGAAGAAGUACAAGACUCAUACACCUAUAAGGACUCAAAUGAUUAUUCAUAACAAAGCUAAUUGCUAGAUUUAUUUUUAGUGUUUGUGAUUACAUUAAUUGUGAUUGCACAAAAAUUUAAAAUAAUGUGGUAUAAACAUGUUAACAUAUCAACCUGGCAAGU